GCAUUGUAUGAACAAGAUAAUUUCAUUUUGAGUAAUGUCCAUUGCCAGAAAAUAAUAGAAAGACAUUGUAAAGUUGAUUUGUAUGUAGAUGGGGAUAGAGAUUGCCGUGUGAGAAAACAAUUAUCUACCUAAUAAAAAAGCACGUCUGGUUGUUGACCCGUUUAGCAUUCUUGUCUUCAAACAUAUUAAUUGGUUGCCAAAUAAAAUAGCAAAUUGUACACUCAAUUAAUUUCUUGUUACUGUAAUUGUAUUCUGGUCUAAGAGUUAAGUAAUAUAACACACAACUCUUAUAAAGUAAUGAAAUACUUAUUUGUGCUGUAAUUUCAUAAUAGUCAGCAUCUCAAUUACAUAAAUGAACAGUGUGUGACUGCUUUAAAUUUUAAUAAUGACUUUAUGUGUAUAUGGCAGAAGAUUUAAGAAUCGGCUGUACCUUGCUACAAUUUCAGAAUCAACCAAGCCGAAGAUAACGUCCACAGUUCAUUUCUUUUCAAUAGAUGAAGAACUUGUUUAUGAAAGCUUCUAUGCAGAUUUUGGUCCUUUAAAUCUGGCCAUGAUAUAUCGAUACUGUUGUAAAUUAAACAAGAAGUUAAAGUCUCACUGUUUAGCUAAAAAGGUUAUUGUUCAUUACACAACUAAUGACAGUAAGAAAAGAGCAAAUUCAGCUUUUCUCAUUGGUUCUUAUGCAAUAAUAUACUUAAACAAAUCUGCCGAGGAAGCCUAUCGACCUCUCGUCUGUGGUAAUAGUCCUGCCUUUGUUCCAUUCAGAGAUGCAUCUGUUGGACCGUCCACUUACAACUUGACACUUCUAGACUGUUUACAUGCUGUCCAUAAAGCACUGACCUGUGGAUUUCUAAACUUCGAUCAUUUUGAUGUUAAAGAGUAUGAAUAUUAUGAGAAAGUGGAAAAUGGGGACUUAAACUGGAUUGUGCCAAAUAAAUUCAUUGCAUUUUGUGGUCCUCAUCCAAAAAGCAAAAUAGAAAAUGGAUAUCCGCUGCAUGCACCAGAAGCCUAUUUUAAUUAUUUUCGAAAACACAAUGUUACGACGGUCAUAAGAUUAAAUAAGAAAAUAUACGAUUCUCAUAGAUUCUCGGACAAUGGCUUUGAGCACAAAGACCUGUUUUUUGUAGAUGGCAGUACGCCUAGCGAUGCAAUAAUGAGGGAAUUUUUAGAAAUUGCUGAAAAUUCUAAGGGAGUUAUUGCAAUUCAUUGUAAAGCCGGUCUCGGAAGAACGGGCACUCUGAUUGCAUGCUACAUUAUUAAACAUCAUCGAUUUACUGCCGCCGAGGCCAUAGGAUGGAUCCGAAUCUGUAGACCUGGUUCCAUAAUUGGUCACCAACAACUCUGGCUUGAAGAAAAACAAACUUAUCUGUGGCUCCAAGGAGAUAUCUACAGAGUAAAAAAAGCUCAUCAAAUCAAUAACAAUAGAAAAUGGGAUAAAAAUAAAAUGGCCAAUGCAAAUGCCGCACUGGAUGGUUACCUGUGUAAUAACGGCAGAGACAGGCGGUUGCCAGGAUCCUGCAGUCCACAAAAGGAUAAGGUCGGAGUUCGGCGAAUUCUGACCCGCGUUGAUCGUAUACACCUGGGAGACAACCAAGAGUUGAAUAAUGGGAGAUUUCCAAAUAAGGAUAUGCAGCAGCAGCAGAACAGUGUUAACAAUAAUCCCGACACUACGGAAGACGGAAGUACACAGGGUGACCGUCUAAACCGCAUCAAGGCCCUGAGGAGGCAUCCUCGAUCCAUAACUACCGGGGGAGUCCAUUUAGAGGAACCCAAAGUUCAUCGCCGUACUACCUCCCAACCAUUCAGGUUACUUCCUUCCACUCUGUCUCCGACUUGUUCUUACAUGUCACCGAUGAAACCACUGAGAGGAGGAGUGGUUAAUCUUGGAAACGUAAAGGCGACAAAUGGAAAUCACACGAGCAAUGGUUCUUCGCGGAGGCCUGUCAGGCAAAGAAUCUGCAACAGUAAUUCACCUGGAAAAAGUCCAAAAAAUUCCAAGUGCAGCUUACCAAGAUGAUAACCUCUUUGAACUUUCAUCAAAGCAGAUCUCCAAAAUAAUUUUUUAUAGGAGUCUUCCCCUCGUGCACAGAAAUUUAUUUAGCUUUUAUAUUAAGAUAGUGGCUAUGUAUAUAAAUUUUGUUGUUAUCUUUAUUUUUAAUUAGAGAAUAAGAAAUAUUUAUGUAGUAUGCUCAGUUUAACUGAUUAGAUUUUAAGAAAAAUGCAUUUAACUACAGUCAUCAUCCCCCAAAGUCAAUUUUUAACUGUUUGAUGGACUUUUAAAGCAUUUUACGACCAUUUUUUGAUUGAAAUUAGAUAAAUCAUAAUAGUUUUGUCUUUCGGAAAACAAGCUGCCAUACAUUUAGUGUUCUUUUUUAUGAAUUUUAUUAGAAAAUUUAAUAAUUUGAGGUAAAUAACUUGAAGGAUUAACAAACUAAUUAUAGAAUAAUAUCAUUUUUUAAAGACAAAUUUUGCAUGGUUUGGUUUUAUAUAAAAAAAAAAACAAAACUUGCACCAUUUUUGACAAUCAGAUGUUAGUGUACAAAUUUGUAAAUCACACAAUACUUUUCACUCUUCUAUGAGAUUUCUAACUAUUGGUCAUCUUUCCCACUACCAAACUAAAUUGAAAUUUUUAAAAUACAUAAAAAUUUCUAUAGCAUGUGUACAGUUAGUUUUUAACAGAACAUAUCAAAUAUUAAAAGUGAAAGACGACCUCCCUUUUUCGUUGUACAACUUUGAAUUUUGAAACUCUGCAUUUAGUACAAAGAUGAUUAUUCCAGUGAUAAUUUGAUUUUGUCUGUAUCAGUAGUGAGUACUGUUUUAGGGAUAUCUUAAAAUUCCGUUCAAUCCAGUCAUAUUUAAAUUGAAAUUAAAACAUUUCUUUUGCUAGGUAGAUGUCUUCGUUAAUCAUAAACCUGCUGAAGUUCUUAUGGUGACACUAUGGAAACUCAAAUUAUUGUUUGCAAUAAUUAGAUUAUGCAGCAUUACUCUGUACAGAAUUAAAUUACUUCUCAAAACUUUGGCCAUUCUUUAUUCAAAUAUAAGAAGUGACCCACUUUAGAACUUUAUAUAAAGUGAAGUUCUCUUAUAACAUAGCAAAAGUAUAAGUUUCAACUUUGUCUUUACAAAAAUUCUUUUAAUUACAUAUAUACUGUAGAACUUGCCACUUUCUGGAAUGGUUGCCAUUUAGUGUUGGAAAAUUAAUAGAAAAUUAUGUUAAUUACUACUACUUUCUCACACUAAACAAAAAUUUUAAUAUGUAAAAUAAAGUUCUUCAUUUAAAGGUUGAAUACAAUGUAGCUAUUUUCACAAAUAAAUUCAGAUGGAAUAAAGAAAGGCCUAAAUUUUGAGCUUAAUUUCUAUAUUUUGUUGACUAUCAAGCAUACUCCCAUUAUAUAAAGAAGGUUAACAUGCUGUACAAGGUAUCAAUACCAUCCAUUAAUUAUAAUAUAACAAUGAAAUAAAUGAUUUAGAUGCUUUUAUUUCUUAAAACUCUACAUAUAUAUGUUAAAACAGAAGAAAUAUAACACUGUAAAUGGUACAAAAUGAUCUCAGAAUGCAUUUACAUGCCAUUUUUAACAAUUUCCAUGUGGAAUCGAAUUUUUAAGACCUUUUUUUUUUUUUUGUUCUUACUUUGACAGUGUUUAGCUGCUGUAAGUGAUGGCUUUUAGUAUCUCAUACAAUUUUAUAUUAGUAGGUGAAUGUUUUUCAUUUUUAUCCAUACAAAUGUUGUCACCUCUUAAUUCCAUAUAAGUCUCUAAUGUCCACAUUUCACAACCAAGAACCUAGAGUUAGAAGUUAACCAAUAAGUGAUCGUGUACCAAACACAAAAUAGUAGUUGGUCAAUUUCUAACUCUCAAUCCUUGGUUGUGAAUAUGGUCAUUAAUAAUUUGUGCACGUAUCAUAAACCUGUCAGAUGAAUAAACAGUAUCAUAUCGAUCAUAUUUGCGCAGUUGGCAUCCAGAGUGAUAGAUUUGAUGCGUGUUCUUCUCUAUAUCAUGUGACGUCCAGAUCUUUCUAAAUUAAAUGCAUGGAAAGAUUGGGAAGCGGAUUUUUUGACGAAUUGUUUAGGCAAAGCCGGAUGCCUAUUGUAUUAUAUCAUACAUAAAAGUUUAGUAUGUUAUUAAUUGAUCAUUGUUGUGUACAUAAAAAUAAAAUGUUAGUUAUCAGAUGAGUCUGUCGUACGUUAGAAGUUGUUAGACGAGAUGAUAAAAAGCAAAAUAUUUAUCUAAAUUCUUCCAUAAUAAGGGAAAGUAUUUGAUAAUCUUCCAGUUAUCAGUGUAAUGAGGGAAAUUUUAAGAUUUCUUCCCAAAUUUGAAAAAUAAAACUGCCAUCUGCAUUCUUUAAGGUUGUCAAAAAGAAAUGGUUUCUAUAUUAUUAGAAAGUUUUGUAGGUUGAGCCUGGUUUUGCUCAUCCUACUCUUAGGAAAUGCCAAAAAUGGAUGCACACCAGCAACUUUUGACACCAUCAUUGUCACUGCAGCUGUAUAAAUCUGUUUAUUUGCCUCCGAGUAGGCGGCAAGUGUCAGGAGGCUCAUUUUACUCUCUUCAGUAGUAUAGAGAGAUCAUAAGCAUCUAAGGAGGCAAUGAAAUAAAUUUAUGCCACUGCAACAACAGUUGGAUGCUCAUGCUCUACUCUACAUUAUUGAAAACAGUAAAAUGAGUAUCUCUUGACAGGCUCAUUUUAUUCCAAUAAUGUAGAGCAAAGAGCACAAGCAUCUAACUUCUGUAGCAGUGGCUUAAAUUUAUUCCAUUUCCUCCAACGUGAUGAGACAAUAAGUUUGAUCUUCAGAACAAACUUGUCACUAUCCUCCUUUAGUUGCAAGAUAAGACCAGGCUUGACUUAUUGCAACAGGUGUGGCAAUGAUUUAUAAUGUUGUGCUCCAUUUUUAUUGUUUACUUCGGCUGUAAAUCAAAUGGUAUGCGUGCAAUGUGAUCCUCUAAACACUCAUACCCAAGAGAACCAGCAGAGCGUAUUUCCUUCCAGAAACUGGGCUAUCACAAA